AUGUUUGGCUCAACAGCACUACUGGCCGCGGUCCUUGCUGGUCUUGCCCUUUCAUCCAUCUAUUUCAUCAUCAUCCUCCAGUUCCAGAAUGGCACCAUGCGCAUUCUUGACAUUUAUACCACUCACAACCCUGCUAUACUCCCACCAGGCCCAGCUGGAGAAUCUAUAGCCCUUCGACAUAUUUACACAAACAUAUGGCCACUUGAUGCUCUGAUCAACCGCCUGACACCGUUCUUCUGGACACUCGUCACCGGGGUGUUGCCUGAACUGUCGUUGUUCGGGGUGUACAUGGCUGGACAGCUCGUCGCAUCCGAAACCCUACUUCUUCUCGAGGGCGCUCGGAGAGGGAAUAAAGGACGGGUCGUAUCAUACUCAACACUGUGGGGCCUUGCGUGGCAGAACCUUCCGUGGGGAUUCGUGCAGCCGGUAUACAACCUCGUGCAUGUUCUGGGAGCACGUUAUUCGGAGGACCCGACGCCGAUGACCAUUACAGGCACCACGGACGCGAUAGGGAGUAUCCCAGGAGCAGUCGUCGUGGGGUACAUUCUACCUUCUGUGAUUAUGUGCAUCCCAUCACCACAGUACCUCUCACACGACACCCACCAGGCGCUCGUUUUUGCAUGGCAGCUGUUCCCGCUCUGGAUCUGGGCAGCACAUACAUUCAUCACCCAACUCACCCCCAGAAGCACCUGGAGCAACCCUAUCAAAGCACUAAGGAACACAUACACAUUUGCAUUGCUUGUCGCGUGCCUUUCACACCUCUCCAUCGUUGCUCUCGUCCUAGCGUUGAUUUAUGGCCCAGCGGAUGUACAGAAGCACCUCCGCGAUACACUCCCUCCAUCGUUUCUUCCAUCCAAUCCUGCACUAGUUUUCACGUUGUUCAAACCAUUUGGCAAGGCCCAGGUGAGCGAAUUGGCGGUUGGGGUGCUGAGUUUACUGCAGUACGAUACGGUUUUUGCCGGAUUCAGUGCGUUGCUGUGGGCGACGCAUCUGCUUUGCUCCCGGAGGAAAAACAAUGAUGUGUUGAAUGUCGUAUUGGGAGGAGGGAUCUUGAUUCUGUUGUUUGGACCCUGUGGAGCUGCACUGGCUACCGUGUGGAAGAGGGAUGAGGAGGUGUUUGCGGAGGCUGCGAGGGCUAGGAAAGGAAAGAAAGAUUACUAG